GAGCUCAGUGUGUGAACUUAUUUGGUGCUGGGGGAAUUUUACCCCAUUUGACACCCCAGCUGGAUACACCGGGACAAGCAUGGUGACACCAUGACUGAUCCAACAUUUCAUCUGAUCCUGACCACUGUCCUGUCUGGCAUUCUGAUGUUGGCCGUGUUGGUGCUGCUCUGCUACUUUUGCUGCAGACUGGCUGGUUCGCUGCCCCUGGCCGGACCCGGCAGCUUUUAAUGGCUACUAGUCUGAAGGAACGCUGUGAGGCGACUGCCGACAGACUUCCUCAGCUUCUCAAAGUGGCAUGUUAAGGCUGUCUGGAGUGACGUGUCAGCCGCACUGAAUCAACAACAAUGAAGGUGACAGCCCUGCUCAUCAUCUGCUCCUGUCUGAUGUUGGGGAGUUUGGGGAAGCCACCAUUCCCUGAUCAAGAGAAGGAUCCCAAGUUUUGGAACACCUGGGCCCAGCAGACCCUGAAGAACGCUCUGACGCUGCAAACUCUCAAUACAAAAACAGCCAAGAAUAUCAUCCUCUUCCUUGGAGAUGGGAUGGGCAUUCCCACGGUGACGGCUGCUCGAAUUCUGAAGGGUCAGCUGAACGGACACAGCGGAGAAGAGACGCAGCUGGAGAUGGACAAGUUCCCUUUUGUGUCCUUGGCCAAGACGUACAACACUAACGCACAGGUGCCAGACAGCGCUGGCACUGCCACAGCUUACCUCUGCGGGGUCAAGGCCAAUGAAGGCACGGUGGGUGUGAGCGCAGCUGCUGUCCGAUCCCAGUGCAACACCACGGAGGGCAAUGAGGUCACCUCCAUCCUCAAAUGGGCUAAGGACGCAGGCAAGUCAGUGGGAAUCGUGACAACGACCCGUGUCAACCACGCGACUCCCAGUGCUUCUUACGCCCACUGUGUGGACAGAGACUGGUACUCCGACAGCGAAAUGCCAGCUGACGCUCUGAGAGACGGUUGCAAGGAUAUCGCCAGACAACUCUUUGAAAACAUUCCCAACAUUGAUGUGAUUAUGGGUGGAGGGAGGAAGUAUAUGUUCCCCAAAAACAUGUCGGAUGUAGAGUACCCCGGUGUUGCGAAGCACAACGGCACAAGAAAAGACGGAAGAAACCUGGUGCAGGAGUGGAAGGACAAAACGAAGGAUAAAAAAGGCCAUUAUGUAUGGAACAAGAAGCAGCUCUUAUCACUGAACCCUAACAAUGUGGAUUACGUAUUGGGUCUAUUUGAACCCGCGGAUCUGCCAUACGACUUGGAGAGGAACACUGAGAGUGACCCCUCGCUGACAGAGAUGGUGGAGGUGGCCAUCAAGAUCCUGAGGAAGAAUACAAAUGGAUUUUACCUGCUUGUCGAAGGAGGACGUAUUGAUCACGGACACCAUGAAGGCAAGGCCAAGCAGGCUCUGCAUGAAGCUGUGGAAAUGGACAGAGCUAUCGGCCGGGCAGACCUCAUGACCAGCACCCAUGAUACACUGACUUUAGUCACUGCCGAUCAUUCUCACGUGUUCAACUUCGGAGGCUACUCAACCAGAGGAAACUCAAUAUUUGGUCUGGCCCCAAUGUUGAGUGAUGUUGACCACAAGCCCUUCACCUCCAUUAUAUAUGGGAACGGACCAGGUUACAAACUUGUGAAUGGCGCGAGGGAGAAUGUCUCCACUGUUAACUACGAGGACAAAAACUACCAGGCCCAGGCGGCUGUGCCUCUGAACAUGGAAACUCAUGGAGGAGACGAUGUGGCUGUGUUUGCUAAAGGUCCCCUGGCUCACCUGCUACACGGAGUCCACGAGCAGAACUACAUCCCCCACGUGAUGGCGUAUGCAGCCUGCAUCGGCCAGAACAGGGAACACUGUAGGUCAAGCAGCGGGUCUGCCAAUUUACGCCCCGUCCUCUCAAGCAUCGCAGCCCUUCUCACAGUCACCCGACUUCUGUGUUGACCUUCCCCCCGACAGCCCUCAUCCUGUCAAUAACUCCGGUUAACCACCAGAUUUUAAUUUGUUGUUGUUUUUUUUAAUUUUCAAAUUUUACUCCACACUAUUUUGAUCAUGGGACCACUGUUAGGACUUUUUUGAUGCCUUUUUGAAUGAUAACUAAUUGACAAAAGCAUAAGUUUAUCAGUUUUAGGCUGUUCAGGCAAAUAUGUAAAACAAUACAAAAUAAUUACUGAAAUGCAAAGUGGUGUUGCAGAGAUCACCACAAAAUCAGAGAUCUCAGUUGUGAUUUGUCUAUUGAGUAGUGAGUUGUUAUUAAGCCUCUUCGUUAAAUGUGAAACCCUUUAGGUUUGAAUAGAUAGAUUGGAUUUACAAAUGUUUGAAUUUGUUUCAUAUUUUAGAUGUGCCGUUAACAGAAUCUACCUCAUAAGCUUGCAAAAUAUCUCUCAUAUAUGGACAAAAUUUAUGCCGAAACCAGAGGCAACUGAAUGUAUAAUUGAGUAAAAAAGAGUAAAAGAUAUAUAUUUCUUGUCUUACACCUUGCAAAAAAAAGCACUGAAAAGGCCCACCCACCAUUGUUGUGUCCAAUAACAGAAGUUGUAAAGCAUCUUAACCAAUAAAAGAAAUGUGUUCUGAUCA